AACUACAUUUCCUUUUUCUUUAUAUUUAUAGCAUGACGAUUUCAUCAUCAAAAGAAAUGAUGAUGAAACAUAUCAAUUUAGAACUUGAAUAAUUUAACAAUUGAUCUAAGAUUAAAAAGUUAGUACUUCAUUUCUUAAUAUUUUUUUACCAAAUUAUAGAUUGUUAGUUAAUCAAAUUAGAUUGUUAGUUAAUCAAAUUAUGAUGAUUUGAGACUAAACAUAUCAAAAGUUAAAAAAGAGAGAGACUUGAAUGUAGCAACAUUUUGUAUACCUUUUUUUUAUAUACAAUAUUAAAUAAAGAAAUUAAAAGGUAGACGCACACAAAUUUUGUGUACCUUUAUUUAUGUGGGAAGAGGAAUAUUUGGCAAGUAAUAUUUUCCAACAAGUCAUAGCUAUUUUUUCACAUUUAUUUGAAACGAGUCACAACCAAUUCGCGACGUUUUUAUGCAGGCGACAAAAACCCAAGCUUUAGAAGGGGUGCACUCCAAGUGCUCGACCUAUUUCCUCAGAGAAUGCAGAGACUGCAGAAAGCAUUUGGGAUGAACAAAACGAGCGAAUCCGACGUCUCAUCAUGCUACACAAGGAUUCAAAUCAUGCACAAAUCAACCGCAGGAAGAAAACCCAAGAAGAAGAUAUACCACAGGGUGCAAGAGCUCGACAGAGUCAUGGAUCUUCAGAAGAAGCCAUCGCUAAUCCUCCACCUCAAAUCCAUCAUACAAUCCCAGAAAACGGCUUCCCUUCUGCUUAGGGACCUCGAGAAGGAAGUCGGCUUCGUGCAGAAAUGGACUUACAUGGCCGUGAUCGAGAGAUACCCCACCAUUUUCCGCAUCUUCGGUGGCCAGGCCGACAGGUCGCCGCCGGCGGUCGCAUUGACCGAGACGGCUAAAAAGAUCGCAGCUUUGGAGGCGGAGGCGCGGGCGGAGAUGGAGCCCUUGUUGGUUAGGAAUCUGAGGAAGCUGCUGAUGCUUUCUGUUGAUUGCAAACUGCCUUUACAAACUGUUGAUUUGAUCUCCAAUGAGUUAGGUUUGCCGCAUGAUUUCAAGAACUCUUUGAUUCUGAAGCACCCUCAGUUUUUCAGAUUGGAUGAGGUGAAUGGGAGGGAGUUUCUGCAUUUGGAGAAUUGGGAUUCUUCGCUGGCGGUAACUGCUCGCGAGGAGAGGCUGUCGUGCCAAGACAUCCCGGUGAAUAAACGUGUUAGGAUAUCGAAAGAUGGCAACUUUUUGGGGCCCUUCGCGUUUCAGUUGAAGUUCCCUGCUGGUUUUAGGCCGAAUGUGAGCUAUCUGGAGGAGGUCGAGAGGUGGCAGAAGAUGGAGUUCCCUUCUCCUUACUUGAACGCGAGGAGGCUUGAGGCGGGCGACCCUAAAUCGAGAAAAAGAGCAGUGGCAGUGCUUCAUGAGCUCCUCAGCUUAACCAUGGAGAAGAGACUGACCUCUGCACAGAUGGAUGCGUUCCAUUCCGAAUACCGGCUGCCUCCUCGACUGCUGCUCUGCUUGAUCAAGCAUCACGGCAUCUUUUACAUCACUAAUAAAGGUGUGAAGAGUAGUGUGAUUCUCAAGGAGGCUUAUGAUGGAACAACAUUGACUCAUAAGACUCCUAUGAUUGAGUACACAGACAAAUUCAUGGCUCUCAUAGGUAGAUCAGCUGUCUGAAGAUCAUGGUAAGUGAGUUCUACUAUGUUUGAUUGUGAGCAAUUAGAGUUGUCGACAACUUGCACGUCCCUCUCCGGCUUCCCUCUUGUCUGCCUCCCGCUCCUCGCUGUCUCGUUCACUACACAUUCACCAUAUGCUGCAGUUAAUUCAUCAAAACAAAGAGAAUCAUUCUUAUGCAUUUGCAAAGUUUAGAGAUGAAAUAGAACUAAUCUUGAAUGCAAAUGUUUGUUUGUUUCUUUA